UUUUACCUCAUGUUGCCUAUUGCUAUAUCUAUUGUCCCAAGCUCUCCCCCACAUUCGCAACCGCCGGUUUCGGGUAGCUCACCAGCCACAUGUGGCGGAAGGCUGAAAGAGGUACGUGCUUCAAGCUGCUGCUCCGUAGACCAUCAAACAUCAACUCCACUUCAACACAGGCGCAUUUCGGUUGCUAUUUUUCACACCGGAUUUGCAUUGAUACAUAGGUACAUAUAGACCAUUAUCGACAACUCGGUACCUUUCUGUAACAGCUGUACUCCCACGCGGCGUAGUUCCAACCUACAUCCCCCAAUUUUCGUUUCAAUAUUCGCAACUCGUCGAGUAUGGACGAAACAGAACGACGAACGGUGAAGCGUUCGCGCUUCGACCAGACAGAGCCGGAACCCAAGAGGACAUCGCGAUUUGACCGUCGCUCUCGAUCUCCCCCAUCGCGUCGCUCUGAGCCCGGAAGAGAUCGUAGCCCCAUUGCAAAAGAUGCAACCCCCGAGGCAAGGAAAUCUCCAACUGAUGCUGCCGCUGCCGCUGGUUUGUGACCCUGCCCCAUGCCUUUUUCUUCUUCUUUCUUUCAAAGCCAUCGCGACAAAGUUUGUCCGCACACGUCUCUAACAUAAUAUAUAGCUGCCGCUGCGGCUCGCAUCAACGCGCAGCUCCAAGCUCGUAAGGGAAUCCAGCACGUCGAUGUGCCUCCCAUCAGGUCUGCUGAAACCGACUCACCACCGCCGCGAACAACUUCGACACCACAAAGCGCAAACAAGACAGCUCCGGCACUCGAUGGCGAGAUGUAUGUUGCAGAUGGCGACUAUAUCCAGGAUAUCGAAGUCAAUGACCUAAGGAAUCGCUACCUCCUUACCAAGGGGUCCACGCAGAAAAUGCUCGCUUCAAUACCCCCUUCGUUGCUCCUGCUGACUCCCACUUGAUUAGAUCAAAGACGAAACCGGCGCUGAUAUAACCACCCGUGGCAGCUACUAUCCCAACAAGAGUAUGGCAACCGCCGCGAAUCCUCCGUUGUACCUUCACAUCACGAGCACGAGCAAGUCUGGCUUGGAGGCUGCUGUCGCCAAGAUCAACGAACUUAUUCAACAGGAACUCCCUCAGCUUGUCGAUGAAAGGCGUUUCCGCCGUCGAGACCAGGAGCAGGUUGAACGUGACGAGUUUGGUCGACGUAAAUGGCCCGAAGAGAAGAUCCCUAUCAGCCUAGAGCCCGUACAUGGGUUCAAUUUGCGUGCUCAGGUCGUUGGACAUGGAGGUGCCUACGUAAAGCAUAUCCAGCAAGAGACAACUUGCCGUGUGCAGAUUAAGGGACGAGGUUCUGGGUAUCUCGAGGCAGCCACUAACCAGGAGAGCGAUGAAGACAUGUUCCUCCAUGUGACCGGUCCUGACCCCAAUAUGGUUGCGAAAGCAAAGGAGCUUUGCGAGGACCUAAUCGCCAAUGUCAAGGAACAGUACGAAGAGUUUAAGAGUCGUCCACCGCGCUACGGCGGCGACCGCUAUGGAGGGGACCGCUACGGGGGCGAUCGUUACAAUGGUGGCAGUGACCGUAACCAUUCCCAUGGUGGCUCACACGGAGCUUCUCAUGGUUCAUAUGGCGGUUCUGGCUAUGGUGGAUACGGGUCUAACCCGGGUGGUGCUUCAAACAGUCCAGCCCCUGCUGGCGUGAACAGUCCGACGAAUGCUGCUGACUAUGCCGCCCAGUACGCCCAGUACUACGGUGGCGCAGACCCUUACGCAGCCUAUGGUGGUUAUGCUAACUAUGUUGCUAUGUACCAGCAAUACUAUGGAGCUCAGGCUCAAGCUCAGGCUCCCGGCGCUCCUGGCGCCACCCCUGGGCAGUCAGCUUCACCUCCUCCUCCGCCCCCAAGUGAAGCCGCUCCUCCUCCUCCGCCGCCGCCCAGCUCGGCACCUCCCCCGCCUCCCCCUUCUGGGUCCCCUCCCGGAACAGGCGGGAGCUACGGUUCGGUAUGUGACAUAGAUGCCGAGAUAGUUAGCUCGCAUUUUACAAGAUAUCUUCCCCUUGGGUAUAUGCUAACAUUCCGCAGGUUCCUCCUCCACCAGGACUUUGAUUUUUGAUUGGAUUACCCAUCACCAAAGGGGAGCCACAGAAUUACAGAUCUUGACAGAAAAGCAUGCCGCUGGAUAUGGAAUUCCAUGGCUCUGUACGUGAACGCUCCAGUUUGCAUUGCAGAAAGAAAGAGUGUUGAUUCAGGUCUCGCAUGCGAUUACGAGCUAUUUGAGUAGGAAUCUACAUCGAACCAUCUUUGUAUGGAUGCGAUUAAGAAAUAGCAGUAUUGCUUUCCAGUAGGUCGCAAAGUUGGUUUUUAGGAAUGACAUAUUGCAGGUCGAAGUACAUUACACUCGCAGUGAAGAAGGUGACGUUUCCUAAGUAUAUUUACUAUCUGACAGACCAGGGACAUGGCGUUUCUAAUGGUUCUAGCUCGUAAAAGUUGUAGAUACUAAUAUGCAGCGUA